ACUUCUUUUUGUGUUUUCUGCUAGAAAGAGACUGACCCCUUUGGGUCCCAGUUCAGGCAGCUGUGCCUGUGGCAUACAUUUUGGGUAAUAUUCUUACACCUGGCUUCUUACUUUUUUAACCUUAAUUUUUAAUUCACUCAGAUUUUCUUUUACUUGUCUUUUAUGUUGUUCCUGUACUAUAUUUGAAAAGCUCUUUUAUGUCUUUUUGGGUACCUAGCUGUGGUUAAAUAAAUAUGCUUAUGGCUCACAACUUAGUUCACAUGUCACUUCCUCACCCCAAGUUAACUGUUCUAUUCUCCUCCACGCUUUAGUGAUAUUUCUGUAAAAGCACUUAACACAGUAUUAUUUUUCAGUGUACAUGUCUGUCUUCCUCCAGCUAAACUCUGUGCUCCUCCAGGGCGGGCACCAUGUUGUACUCAUCUUUACCCCCAGCAUCUAGCAGUGUUGGCAUGUAGUAGGCCCUCAAGAAAUGUGUGUUGAAUGAACGAUGCCUGUGACAAGCAACUGGAGUUUAUUCUUUCCUGACCCUUGCUCCUAUGACACACCUCUUCCUGGCUGACACUGUUACCCCUUCAGAGCAGGACUGCUCUUCUAGGGAAGCUGGAAAGGAAACAGCCAUGGCCAAGGACAUCCUGGGUGAAGCAGGGCUGCACUUUGAUGAGCUGAACAAGCUGCGGGUGUUGGACCCAGAGGUUACCCAGCAGACCAUAGAGCUAAAGGAAGAGUGCAAGGACUUUGUGGACAAAAUUUGCCAGUUUCAGAAAAUAGUUGGUGGUUUAAUUGAGCUUGUUGACCAACUUGCAAAAGAAGCAGAAAAUGAGAAGAUGAAGGCCAUUGGUGCUCGGAACUUGCUCAAAUCUAUAGCAAAACAGAGAGAAGCCCAACAGCAGCAACUCCAGGCACUAAUAGCUGAAAAGAAAAUGCAGCUUGAAAGGUAUCGGGUUGAAUACGAAGCUCUGUGUAAAGUAGAAGCAGAACAAAAUGAAUUUAUUGACCAAUUUAUUUUUCAGAAAUGAACUGAAAAUUUCAUUUUCUAGCAGGAGGGCAAAAAAAAGAAAAAAACCCCACAACCCCCAAAACAAAAAAACCUCUGUACCAAUCCAGUGACUUGACUAAUGACCCAAGUGUGUUGUGUGAGAUGGUGUGUGAGGAAUGCAGCAUCUCUGAAGGCAAUAAAACAAAUCUGGGGGAGCUUGUUUCAGACGUCAGUGCCUAUCUGCAGGCGAACACCCAGUGGCCAUUGUGGUCCAGGUUCUCACCUCUUGCAUUCUCAGUCUGAACUGAGCGGCCUAUAAACUUUUUUUGUAAAUUCACAAAGCUUUGGAAGGAAAAGCAAUAAAUUAUUAUUUUCAAAUGG